UUUUUGGAAAUGUUUUAAUGACAAUUGAAGUUCAAAAAUAUUUUCAUUUGCAUUUCUUAAAAGUUUAAGAAAGUCAGACUCUAUUAUAAUUGUAAAGAUUUCAUGAUAUGAUGGAUUACCUGCUUCCUAUUGUUGGAGGAUCUUGCAUCUUAGCUGGGUCAUCUUUUGCUUAUAUCAAGUUAAGGCCAUUCUUCCCUGUGCAAGUGAACUGCUGGUUCUGCAAUACUGAUACCAAAGUCCCCUUCAAAUCCAAAAACAGUUUUGUCUGCCCCAAUUGUAAACAAUACAAUGGGUUUACUGAGGAUGGAGACUACAACUGUGAUAUGCCAUCCCAGUACUGCGAGUCCCUCAACUCUCCUCCCACACGAGCCAGAGUCAAACAACCUCCUUCAAGCACACCUGGGCUGUCACUGGGCAAUGGCUUAUGCCAGACAUGUAACCUUUAUCAAGCCAUGAAAGUGAAGGCACUGGCAGACUUUGUUCCUUCUCAUCCUGAUAAAUUUGAUGAAGAAGUAGAUGUUUAUGAACGUCGUCUGGAGCGGCUUUAUGGAGGGCUUUGUUCGCACUGCAACAAGACUCUGAGCUGCGCUCUCAUGGAGCAGGAUACAUGGCUUAAGCCUAAGCUUCUCAACUGGAGGAUGCAGCAAUCAACUACGCUAUUGAAGGCUCUUCUGACUCCUAUGCAUGGUAGGAUGUCCUGGCCGCUGCGCUGCAUCACUUUGUUGCUACGCACCUUGUGCUUCAUGCUAGCUACAUCUCUUCUGCUCUUUGAGUUGAGCAGCAUUGUUCAUUUAUCAAGUGACCUGACAAAUGAUACAUCCUCACAGCCCAAAAACCACAAUGUUGAAUCCUUAAUAAAUUCAUCUGAUGCAAGUGUUGAACAGGAUGCUCCUCUGGAUCUGUUUCAGAUGUCAUACGUGCUGACGGCUGGCAGUGACUGGGGGCACUCCCUGCGUGGCCAUGAAGCGGGCGCCGCUCUGCUCCUGCUUGCCUUGCAGCUCGCAGCUGUAGCCCUUGCCGGCAAGCAGCAUCUCAGGAGCUGUGACGCUGUCGCAUGCGUGAUGCUGGCGCUGUCUCUCUCUGUUGCCUCCUGGCAGCAGUUUACUGUGCUCACUGAGCUCAUCUCCACGCAACAGCUCGUCUUCCUCAAGGUAAUUGUUUAUGGCGCCUGUGUGUUGGCUGUGGCUGCUGGAUUCUACCGCCCACCGGCACCUCUGCCUCCUCAGUUCUUGCGGAGGACAUCAUCCAGAUGCCGAGUUCUCGACAGUUCUCAAGAUGAUAGCCAACUGACGGAGAAUAGCAUGAACACUUCCCAAGAAGUUCUCGGUAAUCCUCUGGUCGCUUCUCCGCCACCUACUUCUCCAGCAUCGCUCACCUCCAGCAGGUUGCCUGCAUCCCUACAUCCCACGCCUCUCAUUGCCGCCAGAGUCUCCACAAACAACACUUUCUCUCCAUCCAUCUUUUCAUCUCAAACCCAUAACCCUUUCCUUAAUAUUCCCGCUGAGAAGCCAUUGAAUUAUGCUUCUCUGUCAUGCAAUCCCGGAACUACGCUCAAUCAAAGUUCUAGUCUGGCCCAGCCAAAAUUUGCCCUGAAACCAAGUGCUUUAGGAGAUAACCUCAACACAUCUCUGCAAGGUCUUAGCCUGGGUUCUGGUCAAAACCAUGACAAUUCAUUCGCUUCUCGUAACCCUGUUCUUGGUGGAGGUCCCAACAGAAGUGGCAUGGUAUUGCGCUCCCAGCAAGCUCGCCUCUCCCAUAACACUAGCAGCAUUGCCCAAGCAUCUUGGGUUGCUGGUGGUUAUUGGGGAAGUCCUAGUAAGAACAAGCGAUCGCCUGUGAAGCAAUGGCAACCGCCAGUCAACUGUCCGGUUAUUGUCAACAAUGUUGAUCCUGUCCCGCCGUCGCGGCCUUCAAGUCAAAGUUCGGGUUUUGUAUCUCAUGGAAGCGGUAGUCAUGCAUCCGCGGAGGCUCAUGGCGCUGCAUUGAAUGCCAAUGCUUUUAAAGACACUGACCGCAUUUCGGUCGCAUCGGAACCCACAUUUACCUGGAAUUUCGAAGCAUGUGAGACGUCAUCACAAAGCUCCCAAAACACCGAAUUCCUAUCUCAUGCAUCCACCAAUGGUACUGUGAGACGCAGGCAUGCUGCUCGCCUUUCAUCCAUCCCCAGCUAUCCCUUGAGUGAUACUCACUCGAUGAGCUCUGCUACUGUAGGACCUUCUAUUUUCUCGAGCGCUGCUUCAGGAGUCAUGACUCCAUACCAAGACUGGAGAACUGGAUCCCCUGCUGAUGACAUGAACACCAUGCGGGCCUUGAGUCGUCUCAGCCAACACGACAUUAGUGACGAUAAUCUGAGUCUCAUCAGCGGGAAAACUUUACGCGUCAACAACCUUGAUCAACAAGGAGGUAUUAUCUUCACAAAUGGCAGCGCCACGCUGCGGAAUCCAUGGAUUGCUUUCAUUCUUGGUAUGAGUGUAAUGGCGAAUGGAUUUUUAGUUUUGGUGCUCUAUAAGAACGGAACGCUGGCUGAACUAAUGCGAUGACAAGUCAUGGAUCAAAAAUGAGUCUUAAUUGCUAAACUGUUGCCAAACAUUGCUUUGAUUAAAAAGGUAAUAUUAUGUAUGCAGCUUCAAGACAAAUGCCUCUCUUCUUCUAGAUAGCUCAAUGCCCCUAAUCUUGUAUAAAUUUCAUCAUCUCAUGACAUCAUUUGAAAAUUAUUAGAAAAUUUUGAACUUUAUAAAGUUAGUUAAUAAGUUUACGAAUCACAUUUGCCCAACAUUUGGUCACAUCAAAAUUUUCCUGAUACAAUAGGCAUUCGCAACAACAUGUAUGGCGUUAUUGAUAGUGUAAGUGUUUAAGGCUCAAUGGAAUAAACGUGUCCACCGACAUGAAGUUUAGUCAAUUAAAAGGAUAAGUUGUCUUUGUUGCUAUCUCAAAUGUUGUUUGUAGGUUUCAAUACGUCUUUUCAUAUGAAGGCAUUACCACUGUACAAACUGUUGCAUUUGUAGUCUUUUUGUUGUUCAUGCCAUAUUGGGGAUGUUAUUGACUUUCAUUAACGAUGAAAAUUGUUUUAAAUUUCAUAUUCAUCGUCUCAUGUGGUAUCAUUUUGUGUCGUCCAUUGUUGGGAAUGUACUGGAAAUGUUGUACUUAUUCCCUGAUGUAAGUGGAAACGUUUUUAUAAAUAGUGUAUUAUAGUUUAGAAAUAUUUUCUUUUUUUCGUCUAGUUUUGAGGUCGUAAAGUUUUACUGGCCACAUUGUAACGUCAGCUAGUCUUUUUUCGACAUAAAUUUGUAAU